GCGUGAAUCAUACUUGUUCUGGCCGCUGAAGUGUAACGUUCGACCUGUCAUUUUGCUCGUCUGAUUACAGGAACCAUUUGCCAUGUGUCUAGACGAUGACUUGGACGAAUGGGAACAACAUUUCAUCUACUACCCGCAAGCGGCACAGGACGAGGAACCACAGCUUCCUCCGCCACCCCGUCCCGCACUUCCUCCUCACACUCGACCCCCACGUUCCAUCAUUCGCUCUUCUUCUGACCCAGUGGCGGCCCUCGCAUCCGUUGUUCGUCAAUCACGUCCACUACAUCACUACAGAUCCGAAAAUAUUGUUUGCCCAUCCUACAGCGACCAACGUUCCGCCACUUCACCCGAGCCUCCUCCCACACUCCCCUCUCCCCUCGUCCCAAUCUAUUCAGAACAGCAGCAAGUCCGCCCUCCUUCCGCAUCUGUCAUUCCCUUGCCCGUUCCAAUGUUCCUUCCUCUGGCACCCCAACGCCGUCCUCCCAUAUUUCUUCAGGUUCCGCAGCGCCCGAUUGUGAUACCAGUACCAUACCCGAUACCGUACCCAAUGCCAUCAGCUCAGCCGUCCGCGCCAAUUGUCGUCGCCCCACCUCCAGCACUACCGCCACCGCCUCAGUAUGCCCUCCCCCCGCCGCCUGCUCAGCCUGCUCCGUCAGCUCCUGAAGCUGCCAUGUUGCCCAUGCUCAUUCCGAAAAUCAUAAAGCAGCGACGAGAGGAAGAGGAAGUCGCCGAACGAAGGCGUCGUGAGCGCGAAGAACCAUCUACGACCUCCACCACGACCACAACAUCAUCCACUACUACUGAGGAAGAAGAAGAGGAAGAGGAGGAACCAGAACCGGUGCCACCUCCACCUCCGCCGCUUCCGGUUGUAGUACCGCCACCGGAACCUGUAGCCGAAGAGAAGGCGCCAACCGAGAAAGAGGAGACAAUGACGCCGCUCUCGCCAGGACCGGAAGCAGUAGCUGUGCUGCCGGAGGAAGUGGAAGAACCCCUGUUCCCUUUGGAAUUAUUUCCAGAGUACAGCUCCUCAAAAUUAAUGUGCCUCUUCAUGAUUACCCUGAUUCCAUGCUGCCUGCUGCUGAUCGUUGUAUUACCGGCUGGCACCUACUUCGGAGUUGCCCUUUAUACUGUAGGAAACAACUUUUGCUACACCAAAUCCUGCAAGGUUGACGCACUCAGGUACUCUGAUAUGUCCGGCUCUGCGUGUGACAACUUCUACGGGCUUGUCUGCACAAAUUGGGCAAGGAGGUACCGUGACAAAAAGAAGCUACAGCGUGAAGCGCAGUUCGAGUACCGCUACACGUGGGAACUCGAGCAUCGCAGACACAUGGAGAAGACAGUAGCCGCCAACCUCGAAAGUAUUUCAGCGAAAGGAGGCCAACCACGUACGUUCGUCGAAGUGAUGGCCAAGGUCUACACCGCAUGUGUGGAAGAUGAACGCUCUGAGAGUACGAUACAACAGGAAGCCUUGGAACUCCUGAGAUCUCUCUUUGGCCCACAGUUUCCACAGGCUGCUUCAAAUUCAUCAUUGGAAGAUCUGGCUGGUGUCCUGGGCUACCGAUUCCGCGUGUUUCCAAUAGCGAAGGUGCUCAUACGUCCAGUACCAUCGUAUCAGGCCAACGCCAUGCUGCUGUUAUCCCUCCCGGACAGGACAUUCCCAUCUCGAAUUUACCGGGCCAUAGACAGUACCACAGGAUUCACCAUUGCUAGCUCCAAAAUCAUCAGUGACAUGCAAGACUUACUUGCACUCUUUGGCAUGCCACCCAAUCUUGCUGAAAAUAUCCUUCGCAUUGACAGGGGCUUGGCUGAGAUAAUCUCCGAUGCCGAGCACGAUGCCCUAGACAAAACAGCCUUGACUAAAAGAGGGGUAAAAGUGACUCUGGUGCCUGCUGCAUCUCGUUGGGACUGGCAUUCGUACCUGGUGCACUUUCAGCCAAACUACAAUCCAAAGAUGCUCGUCAAAAUCGACAGUGUUGCAUUCUACACGCAGUUGACUUCUAUAACCCCGGCAUUCAAAUUAUACGAGCACGAAACUCAACUCUACCUGGCUCUGCGGCUGAUUUUGUGGCUUGCUCCGGCACUGGCAAAUAAAAACUACGAGCCAGCUGCACUGCAGAUUUUCUACAAUGCAUACGUGAGAGACUACGCCGCCCAGCCAGAACGGUUGCACGACUGUGUCUACAUCGUCGAUCAGGCUAUGCCGUACGUCAUGACCACCCUCUAUGGUAGGAUCAUGGAUGAGCGUCACAUGAUGCACACUAGCAUUCCAAUAAAUGUGCGAGAUGUGUUACGUACACUUGUGCGGCACAACCUUACAGUGGCACUGGAUCUUGUGUACUCAUUCAGCACAAUCACCACGGGAAGGUCACGAGUGCUGUCCUAUCGUAAGCUAUCUGGAAUGAAUCUCAUCAUUUUCUAUCCCCACGACAAGAUGAAUCAGUUCCUGCCCGCCAUCCAUUCAGGGGCUGACUUUGGGUCUGGAACUGAUUUGCUGAAACCUAUAGUGUCCUUCAUGGAAACUGGAAACAAAUAUUACUGGGACCUUAUCAAUGGCUUCAAGGAUAAGUCCUACCAUUACUUUCUGUACACAAGGUCUAUGUUUGAUACUUACAGUUCUUACAUUUACGAUACCAAUGCUUUAUACCUUCCAUACAGUAUAAUGCACGGCACUACUAUAUGGGACCUGGAACAAAACAUAUUUAGGAAGAUGAAGGUUAUCUACUGUAUUCUACGGGGCAUAGUGAAGGCCUACGAUUUGUUAGGUGUUUUUAUUAACCAACGAGGUGUUUACGAAAACUGGGGAGCCGGAUUAAUGUACCUGAAGACCACUGAAACAGAGAAGUGCCUACGGAAACGCUUCAGAGCUCAGAAAGAAGACCUUGGAGUCAUCGAAAACUUUGCAGACGGCAUCGCCGUGUUAGCAGCACUACGGUAUUUUAAAAAAAUUGCCUACCUGAAAGCUGUUCCCAAGCAGGAUUAUAGGCUUUUUGUAGCGCCGACAUUGUCAUCAGAUGAGCUUUUCUUCUACUCCGUUGCUGAGAUGUUCUGCGAGAGAUUCAUUGCAGGUUCACGACCCAGAUACGAGUACGACAUCUUUGCCUUGAGCAGCCUAAGAGUAAAUUACACCUUCAACAACGUGCCAGCGUUUGAUGAUACCUUCAAUUGUGGGAGGAGACCUCGCUGCAUGGUACUUCCUUCAGAGUGGCCUCAGGAUAAGCUGGACAUGGCAGCGGAAGUGCUUUAGAAUUUAUUUUAAGUGGCAGAUGGCGAUUGAAAUUUUUGCACAACAUAAGCAAUUGCAUAAUCAACUAACUUCUCUUACUUUGUACAGAGACCAAUAAAAUUUUAGAAGUGUUCCCGAAAGCAA